CUCCUAUAUAACUUAUAAAUUUUUAUUUGUAUAUGUAAAAAUAUUCAUAAUUACUCCUCCAAACCCGCAAGUAUAAAAGGUGAUGAUUGUAAGAGUCAACCGAGCAUUACUUCAUUUCCGUUGUUUUCACGCUACUGCGCUAGUCGUCCUCUCCUCAAACCACAGACCACACUGCUUUGGGAAUUUUUGACCCUCAAACGAUGUCGUGGCAAUCUUACAUCGACGACCACUUGAUGGCGGAGGUUGACAACUGCCACCUCACCGCCGCGGCCAUCGUUGGCCAUGACGGCAGCGUUUGGGCCCAGAGCUCAAACUUCCCCCAGUUCAAACCUAAUGAGGUACAAGCUAUCCUGAAUGAUUUUGAUAGCCCGGGUACAUUAGCCCCCACUGGAUUGUACAUUGGGGGCACCAAGUACAUGGUGAUUCAAGGUGAACCUGGUGCUGUCAUCCGUGGAAAGAAGGGAUCUGGUGGAGCUACUAUCAAGAAGACCAAUCUUGCUUUGAUCAUUGGCCUCUAUGAUGAGCCCAUGACUCCUGGUCAAUGCAACAUGGUGGUUGAGAAGAUUGGUGAUUAUCUUAUUGAACAAGCGGAUAUCUUCUUAAUGUUGUGUGGAAGUUAUGGUUUUCUUGGUGACUCUAAGAAGAGUGCUCUUUUCCAAAAUGAGUUGAAUAUAAAUGGUUUGUAUGCCUAAACUCAAAACUUUGUGGUUAUUUAACUGUUUGUUAUGAUUCCCUGCCAGUAAAUCAUCUAUUUUUGGCUGUUAAUUCCAUGGUUACAUGAACAUGAGAGCAUCUUUACAAAUACACAAUUGUCAUUGAUACUUUUUCGUUUUUUUUUUGGGGCUUUGUCGUGUGUAAGGGGUAUUGUGAGCAUGCAAUUAGCCGUCACGGUUUUGAUGUUGUUUUUCUCCAUUAUUGUUAUGGUUUCUUUUAUUGGUCCUUCCGUGAUCUCUCCCAGUUUCUUUGUGACCUCCAUACCCGAUUCUUUAUUUGUGCUUCAUAACUUGCCACUUGAUACGUUUGUAAACUAAUCGAAUUGAAGCGGAUACUCAACUAUUCGAUUCAGAUUCAUAAAAAUAUUUGAGUAUUUGAAUUCAUA